GAGGAGUAACGGCAAACACCCCCUAAACCUUGCAAACAUCCUCCCUCUCUACCUUUACUGUUUCUUCUUUUAACCACCUCCAAUCUCUCAUCUUCGGAUCUUGCCAAUCUUUCUUUACCACCCUCUCCUCUGUUUCACAUCCUCACACCACCUCACCCAGCCUCUUCUUCCCCUGCUCCUCCCCAGCCUCUCGGCUCUCGCUCCAUGCCAAAGCCCACAGCAGCAGCAGCAGCAGAUCACGACGCGCCAUGCCGCCUCCAUCCAACGCCGGAGCACACGCGCGCACAGGUAGUUAGCUAGCGAACAAACCCACACACGCCGUCGCCAAGCGAGCAGAGAUCACAGGAGCGACCGAGGAAGACGACAAUGGCCGCGGCGCAGGCCCAGCUCUGCGGCGCCACCGACACCGACAGCAGCGGCGGCGGCGGAGAAAGCGCCACCGACGGCGACAGCGACGCCCUGGCCGUGGCGUCGGCCUUGCCCCUCUGCCUCCUCCACGACCUGGUCGGCGUGGCGGUGUUCCUCGCCUCGCACCCGCUCCACGCCGUCUACCUCCUCAUCUUCGCGCGCGGCCUCGCCUCCCUGGCGGCCUUCUUCUGGCCGCUCCUGGCGUCCACGUCGCUCCUCCUCGCCGUUCUCGCCACCGCCGGCCCGUACAUCGGCGGCUGCGCAGAGUGGCCCGGAGUGAGGUCCCUCGGCAGGACCUGCGGCAUUGCCGUCGCCUCGCUCUGCGCUGGGCUCCGCCCCGAUGGUUCCGGCGCCGGCGCUGGGCUUGUCGGGCAGCUCUGCUCCUUCGUCCUGGGACCCACCGACGCCGCCUCCGUCCUCCGAGUCGAGGAGAUCAUGGGUGAGCCCUGCGACACCACUGCUUCUUGCUUUGUCUUGGACGAGGACAAGAGCUUGUUGUUGCUAGGUGGCGACGGGUGCAAGGAGCUUGCAUUCGAGGUGCCAACAAUGGGCGGCGCCAUUGGUGAGAGAAGCUUCUUGGAUUACGACGAUUUUGGUGAUUUGAAGGACGAAAUCGAUGACAAAGUUGUGAUUUCCGAGGAUUUGAAGGUCUCUGAUUCUUGGGCCGAGCAAUGUUGCCCCAGGGGCACAUUAUUUGUGCAAGAAAUAGAAGCAGGGGAACAAGAGGAGAAUGGCAUUCAGGGGCAGGGCCUCAUCUUGUCAGCCAUUGAUGAAAUCAGCGACAGUGUUGAGGAGAAGAGAUUGGAGUGUGACCCAGUGUCAGUGGAGAUCAAGAAGUCCGAGCCAGUGCAAGCAUUAGAGAUCAAGAAAUUGAAGCCGGUGGAGCCAGUGGUGGCCAAGAUAUUGGAGAUCAAGAAACCCGAGCCAGCGCAUGAGGUUCAGAUUAAAAAAUGCGAGUCGAUGCGACCAAUGCAGAUCAAGAAAUCUGAGCCUGUUGAAUCAGUGGAGAUCAAGAAACCUGAGCCAGCUGAGUCACUGGAGACCAAGAAUUCUAAGCCUGAGCAAACAGUGGAGAUCAAGAAAUGUGAGCCAGUGCAAGCACUGGAGGUCAGGAAAUCUGAGCCAGUUGAACCAGUGGAGAUCAAGAAGCGUGAGCGGGUGAAGCCACGCUCUUCGAUUGCUCAGCGCAUCAAGCUAUGGGAAGCACAAGUAUCUGGCAAUAUCAAGCCAGUGCUUGAGGACAAGGAGGAAAGUUCAGUUGAAUUCAGUUUGGAGAAGGCGCCAAUCAAGGAUGUGAAGCAGUGCGUGAGAUUUGAGGGCGAUCCUUGCGUCGACAAACGCAACAAUGAGCAGCAAGCUCAAGAAGUUGCCUCCAGUAGUGAAGAAUCUACCAAUGAACAGCAAGAGCAAGAAGUUAAGGAUGUCAAAGAGUAUACGCGCUCAGAGACUGAAACUUCCAGUGAAAAAUGCAGCCAAAAUACUGAGGCUGAAGAAAUUGCUCACGCUGUUGCACAGGCGGAAGAAAAGCUACAGCAAGGCGGCAAAGAUGCUCAGCCUGAAACAGAGCUGCAAGAGCAGGCGCACAAAAUCGAGCAACCUGAGCAAGAACUGCAAGAAAUGGAGGAGGAGGUGUACACGGACGUGACGGCGUCUCCAGCCAUGUGGAACGGGAGGGAGAGUCCACUGAAGUCGACAUCGAUCGCCGGGCGGGUGCACUCGCGGACCUCGUCGGAGAACCUCGUCAGCGAGGGGUCGCCGUCGUGGAAGGACAAGGAGUGGAAGCGGACGCUGGCGUGCAAGCUCUACGAGGAGCGCAUGCAGCUCCGGCUGUGUCGCGACCGCGCCGUGGUGGAAGGCAGCGACAACAUGGACAUGCUCUGGGAGGCCUACGAGGUGGGCAGCGGCGGCGGCAAGGGCAGGGCCGGGAAGCGCAGCGGGAGCAAGGCGAAAGGCGGGGCCGACAACAAGGUGGAGGAGGUCGUCGACGAAGGCGAGGAAGAGGGGGAAGACGACGGCGAUGAAGAGGAAGGCUCGGUGAGGCAGCUGUGCUGCCUGCAGGCGCUCAAGUUCUCCACGAGGAAGAUGAACUUCGGAGGCGGCAAGCCUAGCCUGUCCAAGAUCUCCAAGGUCCUGAGGAGGAUGACCGCGCUGUCGAGGAUGGGAUCGCGGCGGAAACAGUCUGGAUGAAGCUCAUCUCCGGUGAACGGUGACCAACGGAUGGAUCUUCUUCCUGAAUGUAGAAUCGCUGUACUGUACUUUUCUUGUUGUGCUCCUUUCAAGUGCUUGUUUUUCAUUUUUGUUUCUUCAGCUUGUGUAUAUAUGUGAUGAUAUAUACCCAAUGGUUUCAGUGAGAUUGGGGUAAUUACAGGGUUGUAACUUGACCUGCAGAAUGUAAUAAACCUUAAUCCGGUGUGUGUUCUGUGAUUUUUAGUGCCAAAUGCUAUG